GCGCAUUUGCCAAAAAUGGCCCAGUGCCACAGCCCAAAAGUACUGGCGACUUUGAAGCUGCGUUAAACCGAGCAGCAAGUGGUGACGCUGAUGUGGUGCAGGUUUGGACUGACUUCGCCCUUUGGGCCAAGAAGCUACCUGGAAAGGAACAGCUUACUAUUUUGCACCGUGCUUGCCACAGUUUGGCAGCGGACAAGCAACAUGCCCAGGACAUUCGUCAGCUUCGCUUAUGGGUCAUGCUUGCGGACAAGGAGUCGCGGCCAGCAGAGAUUUUUGAGCGCUUGGAGGCCCGUGGCAUUGGAACAAGCCACGCACUUCUUUUUGAGGCUUGGGCGCAUUGCCUAGAAGCGCGGCAUGACUUCGAGGGUGCUGCUGCGGUGUAUCGCCGUGGAUUAACCUCACAGGCGCAGCCCGAGGAGAUGGCACGAGCAGCUGACCUGAUGAGGUACAACACUCUGCUAGGUGUGAAGGGGAUCAAUGUCCGCAAUACGUUCAUCGAGUUCGAGGAAGAGGACACCCUCGGAGACAGUGGGGGAUUUGGUCGCCAGGCCUCAGAACCAGCCAAGCCUAGCUGCUGGAAUCGCCAAGUCUCAGAGCAGACGACCGCUCUGACUGCAGAAGGUACUGAGGAUUCUACCAUCGAUGUGGACGAGAGCAUGCACCUGUCCCCUUCUGACUUUCCACUUCAAGGACACGUGGCAGGAGAAAUGCUUGCACAAGCAUCGAGGAUGGGAUCAAGCGAUGCCGCUUUUCUGGAUGCGAUCAAGGCCGUAAACCAAGCGGUGAGCAACAUGACCCAGAUGACACAACCUGGACCUGUGCCGCCUGUCAAUCCACCGAAGCCUCAAUUGCGCUUUUGUCCGAGCUGUGGUGCGAAGGUGAUCAGCCAAGCCCACCGCUUUUGUGCCUAUUGCUGCUUCCCAUUUGGCCAAUUGCAAGAUGAGACCGUACCGCAUGCUCAGCAGCAAUUGCUCUCCUCUUCACCAAUGCCCAACUGUCCCAUGGGUCCCGUUGAGCAAGCCUUGCUGGCCAAUAUGCAGGCUUCUUCUGUGCCACAGCCUGUGAUGCCAGGGAAGGUCGGGAAAAAGGCGAAGGCCCCGCAGCCCCCAGAGAAUGGAAAUUUGCUCAGCAACUUGCGACACCUUCGCUACAUGGAGUCAAACCAGUUGGACGUCGAAUUGGCCCGUGUCCUUUGCCUCACGCACAUUCGAGACCAGAUCCAAAUUGCAGCCUAG